AUGGAAUGGAAUCACUGGCUCAGGACAUUUACAAAUUUUAUUGAAGUGACAGAAGCAAAUGAAUCUGAGAAAUUGAAACUUCUAAUCAACUAUGUGGUGCCUUCAGUAUAUACUUAUAUCAGUGAAUGUUUGAAUUUUAAAGAUGCAAUUGGUAAUCUUCAAAAUCUAUAUUGUAAGCCAGUGAACGAAGUAUUUGCUCGCCAUAAGUUAUCUACUCGUCAGCAACAACCAGGAGAAUCAGUUGACCAAUAUCUAGAAGCUUUAAAGAUACUCAGCAAAGACUGCAAUUUUAAAGCUACUUCUGCAGAAGAAAAUAGAGAUGACUGCAUUAGAGAUGCAUUUGUAAAUGGUCUGAUUGCUCCACACAUUCGCCAGAGACUGCUAGAGAACUUUAAGCUGCCUCUUCAAGAUGCUUAUGAACAGGCCCGUUGUUUGGAAAGUGCACAACAACAAGCCCUCCUAUAUCAACCCAGCUCAAAUCUCAAUUCAGUUUUAAAACAAGAAAACUCAAUCGUUCAAGACGAUGAUACAAAGAAUCCAACCAUAGCCGCUACUUCUGGGAGUCAUGAUUUACUCAGUCGCCAUUCUAAAUUAGAACUCACAUUAGGUGGACCCGAAUCUCCUCUUACUAUAGUAUCUGUAGCUGCUGCAAAUGUACCACAAGCUUCACUAUUUGAGCAUAUUUCACAUGAUUGUCACCCUAUUUCUGUGAAAUCUCGCCGUCAUACAGUAACAGAUUAUCAGUUUAUUUCAGAAGAAAUUCGCUCACUAUUGCAUGAAGGGGUAAUAGAACCAAGUAUAUCUCCAUGGAGAGCUCAAGCUUUUGUUACCAGCUCCGAAAACCAUAAGAAGCGUAUGGUAAUAGACUACUCUAACACUAUAAACAGAUUUACAAGUCUCGAUGCUUAUCCAAUCCCAAAUCUUGAAGAAAUUGUCAAUAAAGUUGCUAACUAUGAAGUGUUUAGUGCCAUUGAUUUAAAAAGCGCUUACCAUCAAAUACCGAUCAAGGCUGAAGAUAAGCCUUUUACAGCUUUUGAAGCAUGUGGUCAGCUGUAUCAAUUUACCAGAAUUCCUUUUGGGGUGACAAAUGGAGUUGCUGCAUUCCAGAGAGUUAUUGAUGACAUAAUCAGGGCAGAAAAUCUUAAUGACACAUUUGCUUAUUUAGAUGACAUAACAGUAUGUGGUAAAACACAAGAGGAGCAUGAUAGGAACCUAAACAGGCUGAUGAACGCUGCUAGCAAGUAUAACUUGACUAUUAAUGAAAAUAAAUGUUCUUUUUCAAUGAAAUCUAUUAGUCUCCUUGGAUAUACAAUAAGCAACAAAACCAUUAAGCCAGAUUCUGAUCGGCUUUUACCUCUAAAGAAUUUCCCCUUGCCCACAAACGCAUCAUCCCUAAGAAGGGCAGUAGGAAUGUUUUCCCAUUUCUCAAGAUAUGUCCCACGAUUUUCUGAAAAGAUUAAAGUUCUGACAACCAGCUCUUUCCCUUUAUCCGCAACGGCUAUAAAGGCAUUUAAUGAACUGAAACAAGAGAUUGAAAAUGCCUCAAUGAGUCCCAUAAAUCCUGAUCUACCCUUCACUGUUGAGACUGAUGCAUCUGACACUGUAAUAGCAGCAACACUGACCCAGGAAGGAAAACCUGUAGCCUUUUUCUCAAGAGGUCUGUCUCAUAGUGAACUAAAGCACAGUUCGGUUGAAAAGGAAGCAUAUGCAAUCGUGGAGUCAGUACGAAAAUGGAGACACUAUUUGCUAGGCAGACAUUUCAAACUAAUAACAGACCAGAAGUCUGUCUCUUUCAUGUUCAACUCUAAGAUAUCGGGGAAAAUUAAGAAUGACAAAAUCAUGAGGUGGAGACUAGAACUAUCAAGCUAUAGUUAUGAUAUUGUUUAUAGACCUGGUAAACUGAAUGUAGCUGCUGACUCUCUAUCACGAGUGUGCUCGAUGAGCGACAAAAUGAACAGACUUCAUCAAUAUCAUGAAAGAAUGUGUCAUCCUGGUGAAACUCGUAUGUAUCAUUGGAUAAGAAGCAAAAAUUUACCAUACUCCCUUGAUGAGGUAAGAAGAAUGACUGCUUCCUGUAAGGUAUGUUCUGAAGUAAAACCAAGAUUCUUCAAACAUGAUGGAAAAUUAAUAAAAGCAACAUCACCGUUUGAACGUCUUAGCCUGGAUUUUAAGGGUCCUCUUCCCUCUUCUACAAGAAAUCGGUAUAUGCUAACAAUCAUUGAUGAGUACUCACGAUUUCCAUUUGCGUACCCCUGUCCUGAUAUGUCCUCUUCGACUGUUAUUUGCAAACUGAAACAGUUAUUUUCAUUGUUCGGUACUCCUAGCUACAUUCACUCCGAUCAGGGAUCUUCUUUUCUUUCAAAAGAACUAAAGGAGUUUCUCGCUUUAAACGACAUUGCUUCUAGUCGGACUACUGCUUACAACCCUCAGUGUAAUGGCCAGGUUGAGAGAUAUAAUGGUAUAAUCUGGAGAACAGUAGAACUUGCCCUUAAGAACUAUCAACUUGACGUGACAAAGUGGGAAUUAGUUCUGGAUGAAGCUCUUCACUCUAUCCGAUCCUUGCUUUGUACUGCCACGAAUUGUACGCCACAUGAACGAAUGUUUGGACAUCCCAGAAGAUCACAAAAUGGUGUUUCCACACCAACCUGGUUGAUGACUCCUGGAAAAGUGUUGAUGAGACGUCCUAUCAGAAACUCUAAGUAUGAACCAAUAGUGCAGGAGGUGACAUUGCUGGAAGGAAACUCUGAUUACGCUCAUGUACGAUUGCCAGAUGGGCGUGAGACAACAGUGUCUACACGCAACUUAGCUCCUUGUGGAAAACAAGCUGAGAGAACAGAUUUUGAUGAUGAAUCAACACCGGAGAACCACACAAUGGAACUUAAUAGCGAUGUAAACUUAGUAGACGAGACCCAGGAUGUUGGUGUGGACGCUUCUUCACUUGCUCGUGUGGGUUCACCGAACCUUGGCGGAGGUACCCGAAGUAGCCUUGAUGUGUUGUCAGUGUCGCUGUUGAUAGUGAGAAGACCGGUCGCACUCAAGGCCAGCAGCAUGCCCGAGUUUACGCACAAACCUCGCACUGUCAAGGAACAGGAUCUUCGAUACGGAGGACGUGUCCAACCAUCCCACUUGUCCCGGUUGACAGUUACUACAUCCGACUCGUCUUCAGAGGUGGUGGACGUAGCGGUAGACCCGGUUAGUUUUAGGUCGUACGGAUCACUGCGAUACGCCCCGAUUUUUAGUCGAGAGGAGGAAGCUUUUAGAGAAGGACGAGUGAAAGAAGUGAAGACUCCGGAAGUGGAAGGUGAUGAGUCGCUCGCUCUAUCACUUACAGCCGAUGACAUUAUGGACGAGAUCGAGGAGAUGUGCAAGUCGGCCGAGAGCGCUAGUCCCUCUAAUGAAGUGGUGGCUUCUCCACCCCGUAGCAGAGUCGUGAAUCGUGAUUCCAAUGGGAUCAUCGAUACUGUCGUACAUUUCCAGUCCCGACCAAUUCGAGGAUUUUGA